AUGCUUCGCUCGCGCUUUUCCUCUUCGCAUCACUUUGCCCUCUCUAUCUUCGGAUGCCAGUACCAUGCUGAUACUCCAAGCACCAAUAAGCUGGAGCUUAUAGAAACGUUCGAUAAUCUUAUCAAGCAUGCUUAUGUCCCUGUUGAGCGCUUAGAACAGAAUAAUAUCCCCUCCAGGGUCUGGAUGACCUACUGGAACUCACCUCAAAGCUUCAAGUCAUGGUGGGAAAGCGACUCUACGAAAAGCUUUUGGGAGUCACUUCCAGAUGACGCUGGAUUCUGGAGAGAAACAAUCUGUCUCCCAGCCACCAGAUCUAUGCAUGAAUCGACCGGCAAAGAUCCAGUAGGCUUUGGUCACUGUGGAGAACUUACGCCUCUUACUGAGAAGACCGGGUAUUGGGGAGCGUAUCGUUCUCGUAUGAUACCUGAUUUUGACGGGGAUACCUUUAGCUCUCCUUUGACCACUUUGCAACCAACCAAGUUCACAGUGGAUAAGAUUCGUGCUGGAAGGGUCCAGAUCGCCAAGUUCCCGGACAACCUCUGCAUCGUUAUUGAAGGGCAGGACUACAGCGCUAUGAAGGAAAAAGAGCGCGAGUACUGGGACGAAAACUUCUAUAGUCUUACGAAACAGUGGGUUACUAAUGUCGUUACGUCAGGGCCAGAGAAAGGAAUGGUAUCAGCAAGGGCAUGCCACGCAUUUGCAGGGGAGAAGUCCCUUGGAGCAACAAACGGUACAGAAUCCAAUGGUACGCACAAUGGUGGCAUAUUUCCAGGCCUUGACUACAUCCGACAGGCCCAGAUCCUCUACUGGACCGACCUUUCCAAGAUGGAGCACAUGGGAAGAUGGGAUAAAGGCCACGUCAAGCUGCGACGUAACUUCAUGUCAGCAUACGGCCCCGGCGGCCCAAUGCAAGGCGGUGAUAUUCUCCUCUGGGUUGAUCUCGGCAUCAUAAAGGGAAAUGAGAUUGACGCGGAGUAUGUUGGGUGCUACGAGGGUACAGGGUUUCUCGCGUUUGACAAGAGCGCGAUGUUCGCGAGCAAGACUGUCACUGUGGCUGAGCUACCGGCGAUUUUCGAUAAGGCCGUUGCAUGUCAGCCAAUCGAACGGUAG